AUGUCUGCCAAUACCAACACCAACCACACGGGCAAUGGCCCCCUACCCCACCUCAAGCGCCUCAUGCCCAAAAAUGGGAUGUUCUGGAACCGGGCCAAUAUCCUUCGCCCUGAUAGAAGAAACGAGGUGGUCGUGCAGGUCCUCGAAUCCCUGGUCCACGAGACCCACCCCGGCACGGGCCAUCGAGAAUCUCCUCUGCGAGGUCGUCGAUACGGCGACUCGCUUCGAGGCCGCUUCUCCGCCCAAAUUUCUGUCGACCCCCUCGCCGCAGUCGGCCUCUCCGGUCUUCUCGAGGAAGACUUCGAUGUGCUUGCGGACGAGCAAUCCUUUGUCGAUAGGACACGGGAAGGCACCAGGCUGGGCCAACAGCUCAGCUCCAACGUGUUCGACGCCCUGUUCCUCGCGGUCGUCGAAGGCCGUGAGAAGUUUCUGGCAGCCGCCGCCGAGCGCCAGAAUCUGGCUCAACAGGCCGCCUCAGGACAUUCGCCUCUCGCCCAGGCGGUUGAUAGAUUCUUGGCUACGGCCUGGUGGUGGCACGAGGCCAGGAUUCCAGUGGAGGUGCAGGUUGGGGAGCCGGAUUUUUUUGGAGAUGGCGACAAUAUUCCCGUCGGACGAAACUGGUAA